UCUCUCUCUCUAUCUCUGUUGUUUGCCGCUCCACCCGCAACUUCCUUUUGGUUCCCUCUUUCUCUCUCUAAAUCUCUUGGUCUAUAUAUAUCCCCACUUCUCCCCCAACCUUUCUCACUGCUUUCCUCUCAUCAUCAACAACAACAAUAAGAAGGGAAGAAGAGUAGAAGAGAAGAUCCAGGUGGUACUACUCCUCUCUCUCUCUCUCUCUGUCUUCAUUCAUGGCUCCCAAAGAGAAGAAGCCCCGUGCUUUUGUCAAAGCUCCGGCCAUCAACGACAAGGAACCGCACUACAGAGGCGUCAGGAAGAGGCCCUGGGGAAGAUACGCGGCGGAGAUACGCGACCCUGUGAAGAAGAGCCGUGUCUGGCUCGGUACCUUCGACACCGCCGAAGCUGCGGCGAGGGCUUACGACGCUGCCGCCCGUGACUUCCGUGGUUCCAAAGCCAAGACCAACUUCCCAUCCCUUGAUUCCCGUCCUGGUAGUCCUAGUAGCACCGUUGAGUCCUCCAGCCGCGAUCCUUCCGCCACUCCUCCCGCGCUUGAUCUCGGCCUUGAUCUCCUUCACCGAAGCUUUCGGUUCCCCUUCCAGCCUUACACGCCCGCCUCCGGCAUCCACCCCAUGUUCCUCUUCGAUCCUAAUCGGCACCGCUUUGCCGUCGAUCCGUCCAUGGGAUUGAGGGAUCCUCACGGUCCGGCCCAAAGCGACUCGGAUUCAUCCUCCAUCGUCGAUUUGCACCACCAGCUGUCACCACCGCCGAGGAAGAUGGUCUUGGAUCUGGAUUUGAAUCUCCCCCCUCCUCUGGACAUCCUUUGAUCUCUGAUUAGGGUUUCCAAUCUUCUCUAAUCUUUUAGUUGUUUUGCUGUGUUUUUUUUUUAAAAAAAAUCUUAAACUUCUUUUUAAAUUAUUAAAAUCUUGCUUGGAAAAAAGUAUAUGAUAUGUAAAUACUAGAGCUUCACUUUUUUGCGCCGAGAAAAAAACUUGGAAUAAAUACUCGCAAGUUUUUCUCAGUGUUAUAUGUAGCUCAAUAUUAUUAUUAUUAUUAUUAUUAUUAGUUUUUCCUUUGUUAA